ACAUUCAUAUUUCUCACCUCCGCAGAGACAAUACUUCAAUAAAAUAUGGCUUUAUUUCCACAAGGUCCUGACUUGAGGAUUGUGCUGAUUGGAAAAACUGGUGUGGGAAAAAGUGCAGUUGGAAACACCAUCCUGGGAGAAAAAUAUUUCUUUUCUUCUCCCAGUUCAGAGUCAGUGACUGAAUCUUGUAAACAACAUGUGAAGAAGUUUGGUAACAGAGUAGUCAGUGUGGUAGACACACCAGGCAUUCUGGACACGGGAAAAUCCGAAGAAACCAUCAAAAAAGAAAUUGUGAGAUGUGUUGAAAUCUCCUGUCCAGGUCCUCACGUGUUCCUGCUGGUUAUCCAAGUCGGCCGAUUCACCAAAGAAGAAAAAAACUCUGUGGAAGCCCUGCAGGAGCUGUUUGGCCCACAGGCUAACAAUCACAUGAUUGUGUUGUUCACCCGCGGUGGCGAUCUUGGAGACAUGACGAUAGAGCAGUAUGUACAUAAAAGCAAGAAAGAGCUUAAAGACAUUACCAAAAGAUGUGGAAAUAGGUUCCACGUCUUUGAAAACACAGACAGGGGCAGAAAGCAAGUGCAUGAGCUAAUUGGCAAGAUUGAUCGCAUGGUGGCAGAGAACAGGUGCACCUACUACACAGAUGAGAUGUUUCAAGAGGUGGAGGCUGCACGGAAAAUGGGAAUGCGUGUCAUUAAGUACAAGUUUAUUGCUCCACUGCAAAAGCGCAUUUCACAUUUUCAUUCCAUUCUUGCAAGAGAUUAAAUCAAUGUGAUAAACUGUCUAAACACAAUCAGCAUAAUGGAAACAAGACAGCCUGUUUACCCAUAUGUGAACAUAUGAAAAUGUCUGACACACACUUUGUGUAGAUAUUUGUGUCCUUGGAUGCUAAUAGGGGUAUAAUAAAGUUUAAUAAUAACCAUAAUGCAAGUUUUGGAUCUGAUUCUAAUUAUUAGAGAAAGGUACUUCUUGUAUCUAUUCUAAAUGCAGCAGUCCUAAAUCAUUGUAGUUUAUAUGUGUAAACACAACUCUAUUAUUUAUUGUAAAAAAUAUGUAUUUAAAUCCAUUUUUUCAUCACAAUGAUUCUUUAAAAAGUUUAGUGUUCUUUCUGUCUAGAAAAUGAAAGUCAAAUUAA